UCACGUUGCCAUCCUCUUGUUUUUUGUUUGCAAAGAUGGCGUUGAAAGAGUUAUCCUCGUUGGAAAAGGCAUUAGGAUUGAAAAAGCCUAAUAAAUACAGUACACAGGGGGACAAGAAGGUGCCUGUGCUUCAGAGAAGUAAUGGGCCGGCUCUGUCCGGGUUAGUGACCAUCGCUACUUACUUGGUCCGGGAGGCCAAUCGGGCCGAGUUGCUGGGUGAAUCAGCAGAACACAGGGCUAUAGUCCAGCAGUGGCUGGAGUACAGGGUCACCAAAGUGGACGGGUGCCAGAAAGAAGAUAUCAAGACCAUACUAAAGGAUCUCAACACCUACCUAGAAGACAAGGUUUACCUGGCAGGAAAUCAGUUCACCUUAGCAGACACACUCAUGUACUACGGAAUCCAUCAUAUCAUCGUGGACCUGGCUGUCCAGGAGAAGGAGAAGUACGUUAACGUGACGCGAUGGUUUGACCACGUCCAGCAUUACCCCGGAAUCCGGAACCACCUGCCCCCGGUUGUGGUCCUGAAGAACAGAGUCUACACCGGCAGCCACCACUGAGGUGUCCUGGCUGGGUGCUGCCCCCGGCUGACGGGUUGGCCGUGGGCGUAUUCAGGGCAUAUGCUGGCGGGUCACCGACAUCACACCCUCCUCACCCACCUGAGUUUACCGCCCUUCUCCCUGCCCCUGGAACGUUUGGUGACUUUUUCCUGAAAGAACACAGGCGAAUUACAUGCAACGAGGGGAGAAGAAAAAGAUCACAAGCUGAUGAAAUGAUGUUCAGUCGUUGUAAUAGAUUUUUGCACGUUUUAGUUUUUUUCCCCCCAGGGUAGUGUUUUAGUUGGUGGUUGGAAGUCAGUGUUCUGUCUGGUUUUCUUGUCUGCGGCUCCUGUCAUGGUCAGCAUGGAGGUUAGGCUGUAACACUGUUAACGGAGACUUGCUCUUAGGGAGGAUUGUUGUUGAUUAAGGGCUUGCUGAUACGAUCAACAGCUCUAGUCCCCCUCCCCAUCUUCAAUUGAGCCUUGAACGUGAAAGUGUAAUUAACAGUAUUUUUAUUUCAUUUCCUGUAUCCCUUCAAAAAUGCCAAUACUCUUGCGAUGUCACUGUCUCAACGUUUUGCUCAGAUUAAAAAAAUACACGUCCAAUGAGCUGUAUGUUCAGCUGGGUGUUCAUCACCCUGCACAGAUGCCGGCUGCGCUAUCAACUUUCCGCCCUCGUGAAUUGUUGUCUUGCUUCUCAAACUGCUGCCUCUGGUGCUGUACCAGCAGUGUGGGCAGCAGCCUCUAGUCCAAAUCAGAGUCACUCGAAUCAAUCCGCGUGUUGAUGCUCAAGGGGCAGAGGGCAGAAUACCAGCUGCCGUCAAGGCCCCUGUGAGCCUCUGUCCAACACUAGAGCCCUGGUUGACAGGCAGGCACUGUGUCAUUUCACCCUCGUACCAGUGGGCAGUGGGGCCCAAAGGGAGGGAAAUCCUUUUGUGACAUGGAGUGAAGAAUAAACUUGUCUCUUACAGGGAGACUGGAUUGAGCCAUUUAUCUCUGUCAGCGUUUCAGAAUCACAGCAAAUACGUACUGUGUUAAGUCACUGCAUUUGCACAAAUGGAGUUGGGCGUUUUCUCUUUAUCAAGUGUGUUAAACUGCUUGCUGGUUUAAAUUGUUACGGUUUACCUCAACACAAUGUUUUGAUGCAGAAAUCCUUUUUUGCCCCUCUUGAUUUUAGGCUUCUUCAAUGUUCUUUUAUGUAAGCCUUAUGUCUACUGCUGGUUGUUUGUGUUAUUUAAGUCCACAGAAGGUCGUCCUGUGCCAAUAAACAUCAAAGGGAAACAAAAAGAGGGAAA